AUGACACGUAGCACGGAAAUACCAAAGGUCUUGGAAAAUCACAAGUUACGUAUCGAGCGAGAAAUGUCAUUGAUCAAUGAACUGUCGGACGAUGAUAACCAAAAAGCGAUUAGAAAACUGCUUUGGAAACAACUAAGCAACCAAUCAGAAGCUUUUAAGACGAUUAUUAAUAAUUUGCGCGAAUACAGACCAGAAACACCUCAAAACAGGGAAAAUUAUCGAAAAAGGCUGAUUCGUGAAAUCAGCCGUUUGUCAAAUCCUUUGCCGAUUCAUGCCAAAAGAGAAGAUUUGAUUGACACAAUAAUUGACAAUCGUGUGACCAUUUUGCGAUCCGAAACAAGAUCCGGCAAAAGCACACAACUCGUUCAGUAUCUAGUGGAUGCUGGAUUAGCUGAUCAUGGAGACAUCGCUUGUACGCAACCCCGACGUUUCGCAGUGAAGACAAUGGCGUUGCGUGUCGCAAAAGAGUUCGGCUGCAGGAUUGGCGAAGAGGUUGGCUACCAGGUUAACAAUAUUGAUAUUUGUGUAUCACAGCGAACGAGGAUUCGUUUUGUGACUGAGGCUAUCUUGUUAAACGAAUAUCAUGAUGACCCAAAGCUGAAUGCUUAUUCUGUGAUUGUCAUCGAUGAUGUUCAUGAGCGUAAAGUCGAUACUGAUUUACUCCUUGGCGUCAUGAAGAAAUGUUUAGCGAAAAGGGGAAAUCUCAAAUUGAUCAUCAUGUCAGCAACGAUAGAUGAAAAUUUAUUCAAACAUUACUAUCCCGGUGCUGUUUUCCUCGAUUUGCCUGGAGGAUUGUCUCCUAUCGAAGAUGAGUAUUUAACGAAAAAUCCGCAAAACUACUUUGAUACAGCUAUUGCGACGACACUUGAAAUCCACGAAACUCAACUUCCUGGUGACAUUCUCGUCUUUUUAACUAGCCCAGAAGAAGUACACAGAGCGAUGAAUGAAUUGAAAAUAAAACUCCGUUCAUCCAAUUCUGCUCUUGUUUUACCAUUACAUGCAAAUUUGAGCACAGAUGAACUCCAGCUAGCGCUUCAGCCUUCUUCAGGCUCACAGCGUAAAAUCAUCUUUGCAACAAAUGCAGCAGAGGCAUCGAUCAAUAUCGAUGGAAUUCGUCAUGUCAUUGAUUCCGGCAUGGUGAAAGAAACUUUUGUCGAUUUGUCAAAAAAUCAACGAAGCUUUAAAAUUUGUUUUACGAGUCAAAGCUCAAUUCAACAGAGACGCGGUAGAGCAGGACGAACGUCACCAGGAAAAUUUCCUCAACCUGAAAUUCUUCGAAUUCAACUAUGUGUCGCCGUUUUAAAACUAAAAUAUUUUGGUGUGUUGGACGUUUACAAUUUUGAUUGGGUGGAAGCUCCUACUAAGCAGAGUCUCGAUACUGCUAUCAAUAUUCUGACGGCACUCGAUGCUAUUGAUUCUGAAAGUGGAGAACUCACGACAGACGGUCGCGAUAUGGCAAGACUCGGCAUAGAUCCGAUGUUAUCCGCGAUGAUUUUGGCCGGCAGAAAGUAUAACUGUUUAAGUCAUGUAUUAGCUCUUGCUGGAAUGUUGGAUACUUCUCUAUCGGUUUGGACGGGUGGCACGAGUGAAAAUGAAAGAAAGCCGCAAGUCCACGUACGUGUCAAUCUGAGUGUUGCAUCACGAUCCGGCGGUGACUUUCUUGAACUACUUCACCUUUUCAUUCAAUGGCAAAAAUCAAGUAGAGCGGUUCAAGACAAUCAAGUAUGGUGUCGUCAACGCGCGAUCAACAGUAGAUCGCUGAAAAUGGCAGAAAAUUUUGCCCGAGAAACGGCACGACAGAUUGAUUCACAUUUUGAGCUAAACUCCGUCGAACUAGAUGAUGAUCUCACUUCGAGAAUAAUACGUUGUAUUUGCGGUGGUUUUUUCCAGCAUCUCGCUGUAUCAAAUGGUAUCGCCGACUAUGGGUACCAAUUGAUCAAUGGUUUGGAUGGUGUCCAUGCUAAACUACAUCAAUCAUCAGUACUCUAUCUAGCUGAAAGGGUUCCGGAAUUUGUUCUAUAUCACAAUAUUUUCAUGAUAUGCGGCGAGACUUGUAUAACAUUGGCUUGCCCAGUUGAUCUUGAUUUAUUAAACAAAUCUUGGAUUGCGUCGUUACCAAGGCCACCCGCUGAAUAUAAACUUCGUUGUCACGUCUUCAAUGAUGUCGGACCGCUCAUCAUUCGAUCCAUAUUUGGGAAAGGGCUCAAAAGUCUGACGACGUUCCGAGAUGACUAUAAAAUAUUUGUAGAUAUCAAAUUUGAAGAAAGUCGCUUAUCUUUAUUAGGCUCAAGAGAAAAGCUCGAACGAGCUAAAGAAUACUUUAAAUCGCGCUUAGAUCGAGAGAGAAAAAAAUUGUUGGCACAUACACGAGAGUUCGAAACUAUUGGUGGUGUUCGGAUUUUGCUUGGUACUGGCGCAAAAAUUACCUCAGUUCUUAUAGAAGACGAAUACGUUAGAGUGUUGGUAAAUAGUCUACCAAAUGGUUUAACGGAUGAUGAUAUUUACCAGAAAUUUCACCAGUGCGGAGCAGUUCAGAGUGUAAAAAUGCAACGGAAAAAUGCCGAUGAUCAAUCAGCUGUAGUUACGUUUGAAAAACGUGAAAGCGCUCGAAAUGCAGUGACGAGAUUAUCUCGAGAAAGAUGGAAUGGAAGAAACGUCGACGUAAUCCCCAUUCGUGCCGGUACAUCGACUUUUCAGUGGGGACAAUACUACCAACUGAAAGCAUAUUGGUAUAUGACUGAGUCGGAAGGUCAUGGUCGUAUUUAUUUUGCUCGAGAAAAGACUACACGACGAAGCAAAAAAUUAUUCAAGCAUCGAGGAUACCACUGUCAAAUUCAAAAAAUCACUCGAAAUCCAGCGAUUGAAUGCUCUUGGCCGUUUGUGGAACAUAACGGCGAAGCAACUCUAUGGUUUUCAACGCCUGAUCAGGCUCGACAAAUCAUACAAAAUCAAGAUUUCGCACUCUUUUCUCCAAGAUUAGAAACCGAAAAUGGAUGUAUUGUUCUGCUAAGCACGGUUCCUCAAUCUGAUGACGAACUAAAUUUGAUGAAUAUGUUUCCUGGCUGUACAAGGGCUCAAUUAAGACGAUUAUCCGAGCUUGUUCUUCGUCCAAAGUCUAUGAAUGUUGAAAAUGAUGUUCGUCAAUUGUUCAGCAAUUAUCGAUCAUUUAUAGAAAAGUCAGUAGUGGUCUCAAAAAAUCACGAAACGGGAAUUUAUACAGCUUAUGCAGAAUUUUUCGACGAACAAGAAAUGAAGCAGGCUAUCAAAGAAAUUCACGGAAAAUUAAAUUUCACCGGUAAAGGAACAAUGCAGAUCACCGUCAUCAACGAAGAGAAUCGCUUGUUCAACCAGAGACGACAACAAGAUAGUUCAUCACAUUUCGUGCUUGAGCUUUCAGAACUGCCUCCUGAAGCUAAUGAAGAAAUUCUUCUAGAGAAUCUCCGACAAAGACAGCUCGAUGUUGAUGUAUUAAGUAUUUUUGUUCCUCGUUGUUCACUUCCUUCGACAUAUACACUUCCAGUGGACGAUGAAAAUGCUAUCAAUUUAGUUAUGUUCGAAUCAGUAUUCAAUGAUCGAACUCGUUUCCGGAGCGAAGUAGAUAUACAAGUUGAGCCUUCAACCGAUGAUGGUCGCGUUACUGCAUCGAUUUUAUUCAAUAACCCUAUCGAUAUUAACACUGCAAUAGAAAUGUAUUCAAAUACGAAUGAAAAUAAUCGGUUACAUUUUGGUCCAUAUCCAGUUCGACUUGUACCAAAACUAGAUUAUACGAUUGAAUUGCAUUCAGAAAUAUUGAAGGCGAUUCCGAACAAAGUUCAACAGACUAUCGACACGAUUGAGAAUGAUCCGGAAUUUUCAACGAUCAGAUUAGUGAAAAACUCCAUGAUCGAAGGCAAAGAUGAUAUUCUACAAUGGUCAAUCACAGGGUUAGACGCUCAAACAAUUAACAAAGCACGAGCUUUGUUUGAAACUUUAAUGAAAACUUACAGAUACAAAUCCGAGAAUCCAUCAUGGGUCGAUAUAAUCUUCAGCACAAGUGGGAAAGAAUUCCUGACUCAAACACAACACGAAACUCAAACAUACAUUUGGUGGGACUGGGAAUCAGCAGUCGUGAGAAUCUAUGGUGACGAAGAGUCGAUGGUUCGGGCCUAUUCGAAAAUCGAUGCAUACGUUAACAACGAAUUAAGUUCAAAUAAGCGUUCAGUGUUUAUCCCAAUGCCACCUGAUUGUACUAUUCAACACUUGAAAAAGUCUUAUGCCUUUCGUUAUUUGGACAAGGGCAAAGUCAAAAUUGAUAUUGAACCACUUCAAAAAUUGAUUUCGAUUCGUGGAGAUCAAUCUAUUAUCGAUGAAUAUGUCAAAAAAGUUACUGUUGUCUUGAGCAGAUUGUCACGCACAUCCGCUGAUUCUGAUAGAAGAUUUGCUAUUGACAAUAACAGUUGUUUGUGUUGCGUGUGUAUGGAAGAAUCGAAGUUACCCUUCUUAUUGGCAAAUUGUAAACACAGUUUUUGUCGACAGUGUUUGGUUAACUCUUUUAAACGUUCAUUCGACGCAACUUUAUCGAGACAGGAUUUUGGCAUUCGCUGUCCACACUGUGACGCUGGCUUGAUCAUCAGUGAUAUUAUGUCACUACUUGGAUACGGAGAAGUGGAACGUCUUGCGAAAAUUGGUUUCAAAAUUCAUCUACGCUAUCAGGAGACCGAUCUUACGUCUUGUAUUGGAACUAAUUGUGAUCGAGUAAAAAUAACUCUUUUAUCAACGCAGACAAAUCUUCAUGUACACUCUGUAUUUUAG